CUCUCUCACACACACACACACACACACACACACUAAUAACAAUUGUUGUCCCCAUCAGUCCCUUGGACACAAAAACAUUUAAAAAUACAUGUUGAAAAAGCCCAAAGUCACCCUUUAGGUGUGAAAGAUCUUGACAAGUUAAAUAAAGCAUCCCUCCCAAACAAUGUGUUCCUUUGCUCUUUGGUAUAAUCAUUAUGAGUCUUCUUUGUUUCCCACAAAUGGUAUUAUGAGUCACUAAGGAAUCUUGCUUUGCUGCAUAACUGUCAUUAAAGCCACUUCCACAGUCCACCCCAAAAAAAACCCCAUUGUGUCUGAGCUCACGAGUUGACUCAUUAAAUCUUGGCUUGGACCGUAGGUGUUGCCUCUGACCACACCUAGCUUUGUACUGAGGGCUGCACCACGGAAUAUCUUCAAGAGGAGACAGUAAAGAAAAACUAACUCCCUGGGUAAAAUAUUUGACUACUGUUGAAUGAAUUAAACCCACUGUUCCAGCGACAAUAUAUUCUUGUCUUCCUUGAACACAAUGGAAACAAAGGCCCGAGAGUAUGCCUUUACUUUUGCUGUAUUACUCUACUCGUGUGCUUCGGGAAACGCCUUUUGAAGGUUUUUUUUUUUUUUUUUUUUUUAGUUGUGGCUUUAAAUAUGUUCCUGCAGGAACAAAGGCAAUAUACGUGUACUAAGGAAUCUCUGAGGGAUGUUUGAUCAGAAGGUAUUUCAGUGACUGAGCAGUUGCUGCUUCCCAGUGCUGUAAUGUUUUAGUUCCAUCCCCACUGUUCCCAGUGUGUUUUCUUUGUCUCUCUAUUUUAAAACAGGGUGCAGCAAUUAUGCAUGCUAGACAAGCCCGAGAGCCCAGCAUGUUUUAUGUUUUUCUCAGGUUAACGAUUGGCAACAGCAAAAGUUAUGCUCAUUAAGCCUUUUUCCUCAACUACUUUGUUGUCAGCUUUCUUUCUUUUAACUCUGAGAGGAAUCUAAGGAAGAAGGUGGCGGAGGCUGCUCUUUUAGCUGCAUUUUCUAUCCCCAUGUAAAAGCAACUUCAUGAUAUUUUCAAAUACAGAGACAAACACUCGCACGUCUAAAAAUCCACAGUGUCGAAGCCCAGAGCCAUGGCUCUUUUUUAAGGGUGUCAAAUUGCGCAUCAGGCGUUUUUGUCCAGCUCAGUAGCCACUGAUCUUAAAAGAAUUGGACACUUUUGUUGUAGCAGAGUGAUUGAUGUCUUUAUGAUAAUGUGAAAAAAGUCAAUCAAAGUAACUUUGAUAUUGACACUAAUGGUCAUAAAUACUAUUUAAUGUUUAAUCAUUCACUCCAAGAUCUUAUAAAGUUGUAUGUAAUUAGUCUAUAAAUGACUGAAUAGGGUGGGCAAUAUGGCCUAAAUCUACUAUCGCGGUAAAUGCCAUUUCAUAUCACGGUGAUGGUAUGUAUCACGACACAGUAAUUGUUUUAUAAAUUUCAAUUAAGAAAUUGUUUUUAAAAUAAUUUUACCCUACAUACAUUUGAUUAAUUUCCUUUAUUUGGAACUUCCACACAACAACAAAAAAAAUACAACUUUCCUGCAGGAUUUGCUCAUCUUUUAAUUCAAAAAGCCGACUAAACCCUGUCAAAAGUUGUGUUCAGUUGUCAGGUCAUGUAACUAGAGUUCGUCCUCAUCUUGGGUUGAUGAUCUGUUCUGUAUUUACAACUUCUCUCUCUUCCUCCUUGUCUGCCCAAAUCUGGUUACCCUGCCAGGCAGCGGGACAUCACAAGCUCACGCAAUAUCUCGCGAAAUAACGUGAGAAUAGCCACCGUAGUGUGAACGAUAUUGCCGUAUCUCUACCGGUGGACACAUUUCCACAGCCGCAUGGUGUACACCAUCACAUCCACAACCCUUGUUUGCAGUACGACUUUUCAUCAUGAUCGUAUCUGGUCACUGAUACAGUUACAGCCUCUCCUUGGCUCAGGCUUUGUUGUUGAGCUGAAGGAGUUCCAAGUGUUGUACAUGCUCUGCUUCCUCGUGUCCUAAUUCACUCACUCAGACUCCAGAGUCCUGUGCGCAGCUGCAGCUCUCUGAGGGAUGCAAAGUGUAUUGCUUUUCAAUGAUGGAGGUGUUUUUCUUUUGCCGAGCUCAUGCUCAGAGAGAGUGUAAGCGCCCACGCCGACUUAUGGUCAACAAAAACCUCACCAGCUUUUGACGGCGACGUAUUCCAGCCGCACUUCUCCAAAAAUCCCCAAAGGUCUGGCUGUAUUAAUCCCCUCGGGCUAAGCCGCGGUCGGAGGGGAAAGGGACAGCGGCGGUGACGCAAACUCACACGUACUCGAGUCGCAUUAUUCACACAGAAUCAGCACUUAGUGGGUGUCGCAUCUCUCACGCAACGUCUUUGGGCCCAGAUGAUUUGGGCUGAUCAGACCAGAGAGGAGGCAGGAUAGAGUGACUGGAUGGCAUUUAGCUCUUUUAAAGUAAAUGUCUCUCCUAUAUAUUCCCAGCGUUACAAGCAGUCAUAAUGCAAGGGUGUGAUAAUAUUACUGCUUCGCCUGAAGUGCUGGGAUAGAAAAUCCAAGAGACCUUAGAGACAGGUGUUUUCAUAAGUUUGACUCUUAUCUCUCAUCUAAUUGUUGUGUUCUUAUCAACAUUUAAGCAUCCCCUAGUUGUCAUAUAAAAAAAGUUUCUGUUAAAAUCCAAUGUUAGCAGUCUACAUUUAUAUUAGGAUACUAGAUUAGCUUCGUUGUGCUUCAAGCUCCACACCACUGUGUAAUUCAAUUGAAUACGAUGCAUCUCUCUCCUGAGCGAUAAUGUGAGAGGGUGAGAUAGAAUGUUUUUUUCUCUAUUGAGAUUAUAUUUAGGAAAUGUCUCUGUACAUUCGACAGAUUUCCCCAACGAGAUGUUUACUGUCAUGUUUAAGGAAUGUUACCGUGCACAGAAAUAUAGUUGAUUGUAUUUUUGAAUAAAUGGAAACCAGACUCCUUCACAGGAACAGCACACAAAGCAGUAAAGGUUUUUAGGCCAUGGAGGUGCUCUGACUUAAUUAUGAAGGGUGAAGGGCUGCAUUUGCUAAACAAAACCAAAAACAUGCUGUGAGGUUCUUCAGAUGAAAUCGUCAAAUCAGAUUUUUGUUCUGAUUUGUUGUUUGAUCAGCCCACCUGGUGAACUCACUGACUAAUUUGUCUUUAUCCAAACACCCUCAGCUAUGCGGUGCCAUGCUAUUGCUAUUAUUAUUAUUAUUAUUAUUAUUAUUAUUAUUAUUAUUGUGGGUGCUUAUUUUGUGCAAGUGUGUGAGUCUUUUCCCAGGAUUACUAGCGCACCAACCUCAGCUCAGCCUCUUCUCCCCUCAGGAACACGCUCACAGCUGGGUGCUUUUGUCUGCAGCAUGUUUCUCCUGCAGCUGGACUGAAACACACAUCACACAUGUAAUAACACAGGAACACACACACACACAUCAUGCACGUUGACGCACACAAGCACUACAAUCUCCAAUCACACAGACAAGUGGACAGGAUGCUUGAGGAAAAGACUGCUCAUGGUCUUGAUCUUAAAAUAUGACAGAAAUGCUCAGCUGUGAUUCCUCAUGUUCCUCAAUUGUUCCGCAGAAUUGUGCCGGAUCAGAGCCUGAUAACCAAGACGUUUGCAGACAUCACAGUGGACUCUGAUGACGUUAUGACGUCCAUAUGUUGGACAUUUAUCAUUAUUGUACAAAUGUUCCAGACUGGAUUGAAAGAAAACCGUUAAAUGAAUAAUUGAUGAGUGUAGUCCUGUUCCACAUAAAUCAUCCCCACACCCAACUUCGUACUCAACCUUCAUUUUGAUCUCAACCUACACAUCUGUAAAGUUUGACAGAUGUGACCAAAUCUGUGCACAGACGUACAGAAAUAGAAACACCUGGCAAACUUGUGUCUUUAUGGCACAUUUUGCCAUGAUGACACACACACACACACACACUGAAAACAAUACCAGCGUCGCGGCUAGCAAAUAUAAUACUGUUAUAUAUAUUUUCUUUUAAUUGUCCAAGCGACAGAUCAUAAAACGCUGUGUAGCCCUGCAAUAAAACAAUCAACUUCUCCUUCAUAUUGACUAUAGACUGAUAUUUACAGAAGAGUCACUGGUCACAUGACACGUGUGUUGCUGCACAGCCGUCGUGCCCUGAGAAAUAGGCAUUUUGGAACGCGAGUGCCGCCGCUCUAGGUUGUAUCAUAGUUGUUGCUUGGUGGCAGGUCACAGGCUUGCCUCCCUGUGUCAGGUCUUCUGGGUUUCCCUCAGGAACUUGGUUAGCAGAGCAGUCAUUCAAUUCAUUUCAUUUCACAUAUGGUGUCAGAAAAUCCCUACAAACUGAUGUCUUGUGCCACACAAACAACUGUAACAGGUGAUAUACUGGGUCACAUUUAAGCUAGUCCCCAUGGAGGAUUUAACACAUGAUAUUUUUCUUUAGAGGAAUGAUAUCAAUAUGUCACUUAUUCAGGUGUUUUUAUUGUGUGCGUGUGUGCGUGUGUGUGUGUGUGUGUUUGAGGACUCUGUUGGGGUUGCACAACUACAAUAGAUUGAGGUCUGUCAUUGCGCGCACACACACACACACACACACACACACACACACACACACACAGAGAGGGAGCUCUGACUGCUGCCGACAACGGUAGCCCUGCAGCGGUAGCCUACAUUUCAGAGGAGGAGGAAGAAAAAAUAUGGUGAUGUCACCUCUAUGUCUCUCUCUCUCGCGUCCUCUCUCUCGCGCGUCCUCUCUCGCGCGUCCUCUCUCAGAGGCUGUGUUGUGAAUGUAAUGGUGCUUUCUGCUCCCCGAGCUGCUUGAGAUAUGCCGUCGUCAGAGCAGCGCUGACACUCCCGACUCUGGUUCAACACAACCAUGGAGUCCUCCUCGGAGUCCCAGCAGGAGCCUGAGAAAACCUUGCACCAUGCAGAGUUAAGAGAGCACCAUGCCACCUCCGCUGCCGUAGUGUGCGGUGAUGACACCGUCCUUCUGACACCAGGCAGGAUGAGCCAGCGCCAGGGUAAGGACCGGGACAAGGAGAGGGAGAAGGAGGCGGGCCUCCAAACGCCCAACAGGGAGCUCGUUGCCAGCCCCUCCAGCCUCAGCCCGGGGAUCAGUUACAGCCACGGUUUCGAAAGAGGGAAGGAGGAUCUCUUGCCUCUGUCCUUGAAAGAGGACUCACAUUCCAUAUCUAAGAGCAAGUCUGAGACAAAGCUGUACAAUGGCUCAGACAAAGAAUUGUCGGCAUCCGGAGGAAAGCUCACCAAGAAGGAGUCCCUCAAGGUGCAGAAGAAAAACUACAGGGAAGAAAAGAAGAGAGCGACCAAGGAGCUGCUCAGCACCAUCACUGACCCCUCUGUCAUCGUCAUGGCCGACUGGCUAAAGAUCCGUGGCACUCUGAAGAGCUGGACCAAGCUGUGGUGCGUGCUGAAACCGGGCGUCCUGCUCAUCUAUAAAACCCACAAAAACGGCCAGUGGGUGGGAACGGUGCUGCUCAAUGCCUGCGAGCUGAUCGAGAGGCCCUCCAAGAAGGACGGCUUCUGCUUCAAGCUCUUCCACCCGCUGGAGCAGUCCAUCUGGGCCGUCAAGGGUCCUAAAGGAGAAGCAGUCGGCUCCAUCACUCAGCCAUUACCCAGCAGCCACCUCAUCUUCCGAGCUACCUCUGAGUCUGAUGGUCGAUGCUGGAUGGACGCCUUAGAACUGGCCCUGAAGUGCUCCGGCCUGCUGAAGAGGACCAUGAUCCGCGAGGGGAAAGAGGACAUGAGCACAGUAGCCACAGGCGGAGAACACUCCAUCAAUUUCUACAGCCUCCUCAGAGCCCACAACAUUCACGGUUUUCAGUUCAACGACAGUGACCAUUUGAAAGACCCUGACCUGUACUCAGACAAGUCCGACAGGGAGGGUGAACAGGACCACGAGGAGUCCGACCCAGAAGGCCUGGAAAAGAGUGAGGAGAGUGACAGCGACACGUCAGAGCGGCAGGACGACUCCUACAUCGACCUGGACCCUAACGAGCAUCUGCGGGAAACCCCAUACCUGGAACAGUCCCAUGAGGAACUUGGAGAGGCUGGCGAGGCCGCCCAGACAGAGACGGUCUCAGAGGAGAAUAAAUCUCUGAUCUGGACUCUGCUGAAACAGGUGCGACCCGGCAUGGAUCUGUCCAAAGUGGUGCUGCCCACCUUCAUCCUGGAGCCAAGGUCAUUUCUGGACAAACUGUCUGACUACUACUACCACGCAGACUUCCUGUCAGAGGCUGCAAUCGAAGAGAACGCUUACAACCGGAUGAAGAAGGUGGUGAAGUGGUACAUCUCUGGAUUUUAUAAAAAGCCAAAGGGGUUGAAGAAGCCUUAUAACCCCAUUAUUGGAGAGAAGUACCGCUGCAUGUGGCUCCACCAGAAGACCAACAGCAAGACCUUCUACAUAGCAGAACAGGUAUCUCAUCAUCCUCCUGUGUCAGCUUUCUAUGUCAGCAACAGGAAGGACGGAUUCUGCCUCAGUGGCAGCAUCCUCGCCAAGUCCAAGUUCUAUGGAAACUCCCUGUCGGCCAUAUUGGACGGGGAGGCUCGGCUGACUUUUCUCAACAGAGGAGAGGACUACGUGAUGAACAUGCCUUAUGCUCACUGUAAAGGCAUCCUGUAUGGCACCAUGACCCUGGAGCUGGGCGGUCAGAUCACCAUCGCGUGUGAGAAAACGGGCUACAGUGCUACGCUUGAGUUCAAACUAAAGCCAUUCCUGGGCAGCAGUGACUGCGUCAAUCAGGUCUCUGGAAAGAUUAAGCUGGGGAAGGAGGUGUUGGCUACGCUAGAAGGACACUGGGACAGUGAGAUCUUCAUCAACGACAAGAAGACGGGGACACUGGACACCUUCUGGAACCCGACGACAGAGCUGAGGCAGAGUCGACUGACUCGUUGCACCGUCCCACCGGAGGAGCAGGGAGACUCUGAAUCAGAAAGACUGUGGCAGCACGUGACGCGGGCCAUCAACAAUAAGGACCAGACCGAGGCCACCAAUGAGAAGUUCAUCCUGGAGGAGGUUCAGCGGAAGUCCGCACGAGAACGGAAGGCCAAGUGCGAGGAGUGGUUCCCUGCCCUGUUCGAGCAGGACCCCGUCACCGGAGAGUGGCAUUACAGAUAUGCAGACACGAGGCCAUGGGACCCGCUCAACGACUUGAUCCAGUUCGAGAAAGACGGCUGUAUCCAGACCAAGGUCCGGCACCGCACCCCUAUGGUACGUUCUGGCAGUCUUAUUAGUCUGAGUAACCAGGGGCCGCGGAGGGACAAUUGCAAGUGCCAGGUAACGGUGCCAAAGAGGAAACACAAGAGCGAUAAGCCCAAGAGCACAGAGAGUGGCUGCUCUUCACCCGAACCCGACCGCCAAGACUCGUCCGGCAGCGAACGACACAAAAGCAAACAUAACAGUCGGCUGAGAAAAAAAGGAGCAGACCUCAGUGAACUUCAAAGUGCCAUUGAAUCCAUAAAGCAGACGCAGGAGGACAUUAACAGGAACAUCAGCGUGCUGCGGAGUCGUGCGGCCAGCCGGGCGGAGGGCAGUUCUUUCCUCCAGCAACGCGACUACAUCAUCAUCGUUUUCCUCAUCCUCCUUCAGGUCCUGAUCAACUAUGUCUUCAAGUAGCAGCCAUACCCCAAGGAGAGAGAGAGAGUGAUGCCCACACACACACACACACACACACACACACACACACAAUGAACAUUAAGUCUCAAAGUCACGACUUUGAGACGUGAACUUUGACCUCUCACAACAAGGAACUCCGACUCUCUCCUUCUCUGUCUUUAUUGAAUCCAACUACACACGUCCAGUAAAAGUGGAGACUCCCACACAAAAAGAGACUUUUUAAUAAAACGUGUUGAUUUUUAACCAGUCCAUUCCGAAACUCUGGGGAGAUCCGCAGAUUUCAAAAAUGAAGAGGAGCAGCGAUAAGAAGUAGUUGGAGGUGAGAUUUUGUCCUGAUGAAGUCUCAACUGCCGCUCUGGAGCUUAUUGAUUUGCCUUGAUGUAAGAGGCAAAGACAGCAGCCAUUUUCUUUUCUUUUUUUUUUUUUUUUUUUUAGCCGUUUGUUUUUGUUUUUCCGAUGGAGUGAAACUACUUCGUGAAUCACAUUUCACCUCAAACAGGGAACCUUUUAACAUGGAGACGAGUACUAUAGCUCAUACGGUGACGCAGAUUAAAGAAGAGUAUACCUUUUAAUUUGAAUGUUUUUGUUAUCGUUUUGUUUCGUUGCUUGGUUGCUCGUAACAAAAAGCAGUGAUAAGGGAGAGAAAAACAAAGUGGUCCAAUCUAUGUGACUUUUAUUUUUUUAUUAUUAGAUACUUUGAUAUGAGCCGGGGUUUCCACGUGUGGAAAUGGACUGGGAAGACAAAUGACACAAGUGACAUUGUCAAAAGGUACAGAAGCUAUACUUUCUGCUGUAUAUUAAAUCUUCACCUUUUGCAUACUAAAUCAAUGUUGAAAGAAAGAAGUCAUUGUAGGCUGUAGGUAGCAUGUACAGACCGCGGAGCGUGGUUAGGACGUUAGCCCUAUGUACAGUAUUUUGUCUUAAGGCACAAAUGCACUGGAAAUGUCACAUUUGUGUUAUUAAUAUAGUUUUUAAUCAGUUAAACCUUUGUGAAAAAUGGACAUGAAAAUACUUUUACAUCUUUGCUCUGAGGAGGUCUGGAGCAUCAAAAGAGGGUCAAAAAUAUGUUUUUGGUGAUUUGUCAUGAGCUACAGUGACCACUGCCCUAGUUUCAGAUAAAGGGAGUACGUUUUAAUCAAAGUCAGCAAGGCUCAUUAAGGUAGUCUGAAAUCUGCCUUCUUUCACCUUGUGACAAGUUAAAGGAAUAUAAUAAGUAAUGCACUUGUUCGCUUUCUUGCUUUGAGUUAAAUGAGAAGAUUGAUACCACUCUCAUGUGUGUAUGUUACAACCAGUAGCUGGUUAACUUAGCUUAGCAUAAAGACUGGAAACAGAGAAAAAAAGCUAGCUUGGCACUGUCCAGAGGUAACAAAACAUUUGAUAUCUUUUGAUAACACACAUUGUUUUUACAUUGAGUUAUGUGCAAUUUAACAAAAACUUGUCGUUUUUGCACUUUGGAUUUUGUACAAAUUAAAUAAAUAAGAUACAACAUGUUAAUUAGAGAGCUUGAGGAAGUACUGGUGGGCUGAUUUUGUUACUUAUAGACAGAGCCAGGCUCCGUUUAGAGUCUUUAUGGUAAGCUAAGCAGCUGUUCUCUUUAGCUUCAUCUAACUUAUGGCGAGAAAGUGAGUAUUUGUAUUUCCCAAAAUAAAUUCGUAGCUAUUCCUUCAAAAUGAGUUUCAAUUUCAGGGUUACGUUGUGCUAGCACAUAGACAAAAUCUAAAAUAUGUAAAGACUAGCUGAUCUAAAGAUUGGUCUCUCAAUAUUAAAAACAGACUCCAGACCAAGCCAUAGAUUCGAAAACUCUAAACGUUCCCCAUAGCUGCUGACUGCAGCGCCUUUCAUGGCAAAGUCGUAUUCAGAGCAUCGAUCAUCGCUUUCAGUGCUUUGGCGCCUCAGAUGUUAACCAGGAUAACUAGUAUAGACACUUUAGUAAGCUACUGGUGGGAGGAGGAGAUAGACUUUUUUAACUACUACUAUCACCACAGUAAACCAUUCCAAAUGUACGCAAGUACCAGCCAAACUCGGUGUGUAGAAUAGGAGUCGACCCCGUUCACUGUGUAAAUACUCAACGGGAUGACUCGUUCCAACACCAAGGUUCCCAAUACAGUAACUCCUGCGCUCUGUGCACAAGCCAGUCUUUUCAACCUUGUGUGUCUUUCUGUCCACUGCUCUGUAGAUACACAUGGACAUUGGCAAAAAAAGAAAAUGGAUUAGUGGGGUACACAAUUUGAUUCCAAUCGCAAAUUUAUUCAAAGGGCCUCAAGACGUUGCUGUUAUUCGUCACGUAGUCGCAAAAUAUAAGGGUUUUUUUUGGGAAAUUUUGUGAGUGUACACUGUGGUUCUAAUCUGUUGCCUUCCUCUUUAGAAACAAGAUUUUGCCAUUUUAAAGACUCAGGAAAAAAUUGCGGACAUAAUACCCUGAAAAUGUACAGGCUUACGGGGACGAUGACUUAUGAGGACUAAACAAGUCAAGGCUGUGUUUAGCACUGUCCAACAUUGGUUUUAACAAUUAUUCUUCAGUACCAACAGAGGAUGAAGGCACCAAAUUAGAAGCCACACCUGACCUUUUUACCACACGGUUUGUCAGGAUUUUCCACCAAAGAUGAAAGUAAAGGACUGCUAAUUGAGGCAAUUCAAAAAAAUAUCCAAAACACUUGGGGACCAUAUGUGAACAUUGAUUUUGUAUAUCUCUUUGCCUGUCAUGAUGUUAGCCUUGUCGACGUUUACAUAUCCGAUUGCCUCCGCCGUCAGCAGACUGUUGAGCGAUGAAAACUUUGUAACGCUAACACAGGUAUAAAGAAAGACUGGGAGCAACGUUGGGAGCCAACCGUACCCCCGUAAGUUACCCGGCUGGCCCGUGUGUAUCUGUACGUGUAUUUUUGUGUAUCCUCAUUGCCUCGAUUGCUCAUUUUAAAUGGAGAAUCCAGAUAUUAGAAUGUGGAGAAAUAAGUAUAUACCAGUGCCUUCUAGAGUCGAACUGGGGAGGGGGUAGAUAGGGGGUUUAUUGGAGGUGGUAGGAGGUCGGUGGGGGUGUGUGUGGUGUAGAGCAUACAAAGUGUCCAAGUCUCAAGGUGAACUAAUGAUGAUGGCAAUAAUCUGGAGUAACUGCAUAUGUUGGACUCUGACUUGGAUUAGGACCAUGGCGGCGGCUGUAGUCACUGUAGUGUUUUCGAGCAGAUGUGCCAUACGAAGCCUUAGAAACGAGUCUGACUCCGGCUCCAGAGCUCACCACCCACCCAGCUCCUGCGCCCCCCCCAAGGAAGCACCGCCAUCGUAAAUCACCCGUAGGUUUUCCGGAUGCUGAUUCCUGCCACAGGAGAGAGAGAGAGAGAGAGGGAGGGAGGGGGGGGGGGGGGGGAGGAGAGAGACCACUCCUCUGCGUUGCCCUGUCUCGCUCUCUCACAUACCAAAAUUCAGAGGGGAAAUAAACAUCUCUGCUGUCCGUUGUUGUUGCUGUCUCUAUAAAAUAAUACAUUUUAUUUAUUCCUCUUUAGUAUGUGGGUCUAUGUCCAUUUUUUUCUGCUUGUAGCAUUUGGUCAAUGCUGAUUUUAUCCCACAACUCGUUACUUGACAUCACACACAAGCGACUGUCCUAAACGUGUGCACACUGUCAAUUUCAACUGCCCCCUCCCCCUCAAUACCCCCACCCCGCACACACACUUUUUCCAAUCUGAGUAUGUGAAUAUAUUUACUGUAUCUCCAUGGCAACUACAUAACUUCCUGUAAGUUUAUGGUCACAUGUAACAUAACACAGAAUAAAAACAAAUGACAUCCU